GGCGGCAGCAGUGGGGCGAGCGCCUGCCUUCCAGGGUUUCCAGACAGGAAGUUUCCGGCUCUGUAAUUACCGUUGCACAAUGGAGGCUCUGCCACUAAUCACAGCGUUGCCGGGACAGUCGCACCGUGAGAAACACUGGCGUGGAAGGCAGGGCUUCUCCACACACCUGCAGCCGCCUCCUCGCCGGCCGGGAGCAGCUCUCCAACUGCAGGCACUCCGAGCGGAGACAGUGGCAGCACGCACCGACGGCAGCAGUCCGGCCGGGCGCGGCGUGACGGGCGGUGGCCGCGGGGGAACGCCGUGUGUGUCUUCUGUAGACCCAGGGGCCUCCUCCGCCCGCAGACCGCGAGCAGCUUCCAGCCGGACCCGUCCGCAAGGUCACGGCCAUGGCGUCCUACCCCCUGCAGAUCGCCGGGCUGGUGCUGGGGCUCCUGGGCCUGGCCGGGGCCCUGGGGGCCACGCUGCUGCCCCAGUGGCGAGUGUCGGCCUUCGUGGGCAACAACAUCCUCGUCUUCGAGAGGCUCUGGGAGGGGCUGUGGAUGAGCUGCGUCCGGCAGGCCACGGCCACGCUGCAGUGCAAGCGCUACGGCUCCCUGCUGGCCCUGCCGCCCACGCUCCAGGCCGCCCGGGCCCUCAUGUGCGUGGCCGUGGGGCUCUCCCUGCUGGCCCUGCCGCUGGGCGCCUGCGGCCUGAGGGGCGUCCAGUGCGCCGGCUCGAGCGGGCGGGCCAAGGCCCACCUCCUGGGCGAGUCGGGGGUCCUCUUCCUCCUGGCGGGCGUGUCCGUCCUGAUCCCGGUGAGCUGGACGGCCAACGCCAUCAUCGGAGACUUCCGCAGCCCGGCCGUGCACGCGGCUCAGAAGCGGGAGCUGGGGGCCGCCCUCUUCCUGGGCUGGGCGGGCGCCGCCGCGCUCUUCCUCGCAGGGGGGCUGCUCUGCGGGGCCUGCUGCUGCCGCUGCCGCAGGAAGGGGCAGAGGCACCGCUGUCCGGCCCCCAGGCCCCGCCUGCCGCACGCCGACCAGCGGAGGAACCAGCCCGCGGCCCGCCGGGCCUCCGCCAGCUACGUCUGACCCUGCGAGGGCUCCGACUCGGACCGCGGCCGGCGCGUUUCCGACGGUUCUGCCAGGAGCUGUGAGUGCCGAGACCCGGCUCCGCGCCUGCCCCGGAGCUGAGGCCGUCACGGGCACGCGCCCGGCAGUGUGUCCCGGGGUGGGGGAGGGGACAGGCUCGCGCUGGGCACCCUGACGGCCGGCAUGAAAGGCCUUCACCGGGACUGGACUCGGACACACCCUCUUCCAGCCCGUGUGGCCCGGACUCCGGCCGGUCCACAGGCUUGGUGUCGCGAGGGGCUUUUCUGGACAGUCACAUACCCCUCACUCAGCAACCCAACGACGUCUCAGUGAACGGUGCGUGGCAAUAAAAGGUUCU